UGGUUGAUUAGUGUUUGUUUGGUUGACGAGUGAAGCCGUGUUCAAAUCUAUUAGAAUGACAUCAGACUGUUAGAGACAAACACGUCUAUUUCACAGUAUUUCCAGACCCCAUGAAAACGUGAGUCAAACGACACAGAAUUUCUGGCUGCGCUCCAAAUGUCAUGACGUGAUUUUUAGUUGAUGUCAUUGCAAACGUGACAGGUAAAAUUAAUGGACCACUUAUUGUGGUGCUUCAUGUUUCCAAAAACAGCCCUGAUUGUUACCUGAGUGUCAGAUGAUCUCCUCCUAGGAUCUCACCAGCUUGUGUUGCUCUUCCUCCACGGCCUCGUCUUCUCACCCUCUCUGAGAACCUCCUGUCAUUGGCCUGAAAGGAGGACAGUAUAAAUGUCUGUCAUGGAGGAGCUAGCAGACACAAACACAACACACUGAGGGAAAAAGGAGGGGAAGCUUCCACACAAGUGUUAGGACAAUGUGGAUGGUCCUUCUUACCUAUCAGCUUGCCAGUUUUUCUCUCACGUACGCUCAAAAUGGUUGCAGUGGAGAGCCCACCUUCAGGAGUCCAGCCAAUUCGGACAUCGAUGUCUCAUGUGGAGCCCAAACAAUAGACAUCAGCAUCCUGAUGUGCCCCAUUUACUUUAAUGGCUACAAUGAGUCCAUGCUGGCCUUCAACUCAGAACACUCCAAACCGGAGUGUCACGGUGUGGCUGACUGGACGGUGGACCCUCCUGUUGUCAGAUUCAACUUCUCAAUCACAGAGGAGGGCAUCAAUAGCUGCUCCAGUUCACUGACAGUAAGUGGAGACACACACACACUAACACAAAAGUGUUUUUUUUUUACCCACCAAACCUCUCACACUUCUUCUUCAAAGGUCUACAAAGAACAGGGAACAGGGUUGUUUUCAGAAUUCUCCACUGUUGAGUUUGUCAACAUCUCUGGGAUGCUCUGCUCAGAGGACCCGCACGGAGGCGCUAUCACCUACCACCAGGAGGUGAUGUACAGGUUCUCAUGCCGCUACGCUCUACAGUACCUUAUCAACAAUACACAGAUGAGUGUGUCUGGGGUCAACCUGGCGAUCAGAGAAAACAACGGCAGUUUCAUCAGCACACUCAGCAUGCAACUGUAUGAGGACAACAGCUACUCCUCCCUGCUACGAAUCCCUCAACAGGGCCUGGAGCUAAAGACCAGGAUCUUUGUGGAAGUGAGAGCAUCAAACCUCAGCAACAGGUUCAACGUACUCUUGGAUCGCUGCUACGCCACAACCUCCCCUUUCCUCAUUGAAACCAAUAUCUAUGAUCUCUUUGUUGGCUGUCACCGCGAUGGUCAGACGGUGAUAGCCAGAAAUGGAGUACACCAGGAAGCUCGCUUCUCAUUUGAGGCUUUUCGCUUUGUGGACAACACAACCGCUGUCCUCUCCACCUACUACGUCCACUGUGCCACCAGACUGUGCGUGAAUGCCAUCUGCCCCAGCCUCAUACAGAGGUGUGGCCUACCCUGGAGGAGACGCAGGGCCACUGAUGACGGGGACACCACAGUGAGUGACUCCACCACCGUCACUUCAGGCCGCAUCGUCAUCCGCUUAGACAACGAUUUAUUAUCAGGAUUACAAGGCCACCAAAAGACUCAUCAGACUGUGGUGGUGGUUUCAGUCAUUGCCGGCAUCAUCGGCGCCAUCUGUCUUACUCUCGCAGCCUUUGUCUUCUACCAAAACUACAACUCCAGAAGAAUUUUAAACAACACAAUUCUGGACCCACGAGAAUGACACGGCGAGUCAAUACGACCUCAUAAGAACAGUGACCUGUUUCCUCUGGUAUGUUCUACCUUGUACAGUAACAUGGGAGCCAAAAAUGAACACAAAGUUCAGAGGUCAUCUGCCUUUUUGUUUUCAUUCUUGGCGUCAUUAUAUUGAAUAUAAUACCGCUUUAUUAAAAUAAGACAGUAAGAAGAAUGUCCUGUGUCUCCUAUUGUCGUGACUUUGACCCUAAUGUCUUUAUUCAGCCGUGUGAAGAACAUAUUCUAAGUAAAGAGGACAAGGUGUGAAACAGUAGAUGUACUAUUGGGGCUUUUGCCGUGGUAUAAAGUACAUUAUGCCCUGGAGGAAGUCUUGUUCCCUUUAAGAAACACUAUCACUCCUGCAUUCAUAACCAUAGGAAUAUAAGCCUGCAUGCACUCUUGGGUCAUUCACUGUCUAUAAUGUAGAAUAGAGUUAAGGGUAAAAAGGUUUGAGGGCUCUUUUCUAAGGUAACGCAGGUCAGGG